AUGCUUCGGAAGCCGCUGCCAGUUGUCUACUUGAUUUGUGUCGAUGAAGAUCACGGCUCGUCAUCUCAUCUACUAUCCAGCAAAUCUCGUGUGGCUCCAUUGAAAACCCUAUCUAUUCCAAGAUUGGAACUUUGUGCAUGCUUGUUAUUGGCUCAUCUGAUUUCAAAAGUUAGCAACUCAUUGAAGAUGCAUUUAGAUGACAUCAUUCUGUGCACUGAUUCAAAGAUAGCACUAUCAUGCUUGAAGACUUCUCCUCAUCUUUUGAAGACCUUUGUUGCAAAUAGAGUCUCCAAAAUCCAAAGACUAGUAGAGCCGCGACACUGGAAGCAGGUAUCAUCAGCAAAUAAUCCAACAGAGCUGAUUUCUCGUGGUACUUAUCCUCAUGAACUUGUGACAUCUUCUUUGUGGUGGAAUGGUCCUGAACAGAGAGAACUUAGAGAUGCUUCUUUUUUUGAAUUUGACAAGACUUUCAUAGAUUUUCCUGCUUAUCAGGAUGAACUUAAGAAAACCUUUAGUCAUUAA